AUGUCAGGUCGCCAGCAACGGGUGAUGGUCCAACCCAUCAAUGUCAUCUUCAAACAUCUCCAGGCCGGUCAAUUGGUCCACAUCUGGUUAUACGACAACACCGAAUUCAGACUGGAAGGAAAGAUCAUCGGCUUUGACGAAUUCAUGAACGUAGUGCUUGAUAACGCAUCAGAAGUAUGGGUCAAGUCGAAAAAAGGAACACCGCACCGAGAAGCAGUUGAGAAGGGAGCACGAGUAUCACUAGGUCGAUUGCUACUGAAGGGAGAAAACAUUACUCUGAUCGAAGCGUUGAAAUAA